GCUCCCUUUAUGUCGUAAGCUGAGAAAAACGCCCCUCUAUGCUGUCUGCUACGGGUUGUGGAAGGAUCAUUCUUCAUUUAGGUGGUUUCGGUUUCGUACCUAAUGCUGUAGAGAUUAUAAAUACGUGUACCAUCAAUGUGCUUCAGUAACCCAUUCACACGGGAUCUGUCAUCGUCAGGAAUAUCGGUCGCAUCAACUUGCGUGACUUCAAUCUGAAGUGCUUUGAGCAGCUGUGAUGUAAUCAGCAGGUGUUCAUAAUGGUGGACACCUUUAUUCACGGAUAAGAUUUGUUUUCAAUCUCUAACUCAAUAUGACAAACGUAUAUGGAUAACAAGCCAUGGCCACAUCAGAUACAGAUAUUCCCACCAUAACUGUGGACCCAGUGCUAGGUAAUGAUCCUAGCAAUAAUGCCAACGAUAAAGACGACGGUCCAGACGAGGUGGUUAUCCAGAAAGACAAUCAGCAGAGUAAAGAUACACUCAAUACCGACACUGACUACCACGAUACGGCCAAUGGUACCAGACCACAUCUAAGAGGAAGAAAAAGUGUGUUUGGGAGCUCUGAGAAAAUUCAAAUCAAAGAACAGGAUUUGGUGUUGGCUGUCACACUGGUAAAAGAUGCCACCCAGGGCAGGAAUUUCACCUUCAAAAAACAACCUCAAUAUGUUCAGUCAUACAACCUGUACCACAAGGUUUACCUGCGUUGGCUGCUCUACUUGUUUAUUCUGCUCGAUCUGUCAUUGGCCAUGGUGGAGAAACCUGCACGACCGGGAUGGGAAAUCCCCUACUGGGCGUCCAUUAUUAUGGAGAUUGUGUGUCUCGUCUACUUCCUGUUCCGAUUCUGCCAUGCAGCAUACUUUACCGAGCCUGAAAUUUUCUGGAGGGACACCAAAAACAUCCUCAUCAUUGUCAGCAUCAUAUUAACAUUCCUGGACAUCAUAUGCUACAUUAUAUGGGUGAACGUGGCUCCGAACUCAAACCCUGUCAGGUGGUCUCGUCCACUUCGUCCACUGUUUAUCAUCAAUUUCUCCGACGGGAAACAGGUACGCAGGGCUUUCCGGAACAUCCGCCGGACUGUUCCCGAGAUAAUGAAUGUUCUAAUUUUGUUCCUUUUGAGUGUGCUCCUCUUUGCUUUACUAGCACUCAAGCUUUUUAGCAAAAGACAAGGUAUGAAGUACCCUUACGGACAGCUGUACUUUAAAAAUUACCUGGACAGUAUCUGGGAUCUGUACGUAUUGGUAACCACAGCAAACAACCCCGACGUCAUGAUGCCGGCCUAUGAUGAGAACAAGUGGUUUGCCUUGUUCUUUAUUGGCUAUAUCAUCAUCUGUCUCUACAUCUUCAUGAGCAUUGUACUGGCUGCCAUUUACAACAACUAUCGCAAAAACCUCAAGAAUGAGAUCAAGGCUGCAGUGUAUGGGAAGCGAAAGAAACUGGCCGAAGCGUUUAACAUCCUCAAGUUGAAGCGGGAAUCUGGCUAUGUCAUAAACCACAAUACUUGGUGUCAGCUAAUGAGGCGCGUCGUCCCUGACAAAAGUCAACGCCACAUCGACCUCCUGAUGAGGGUACUAGAUGUGGAUGCCAAUCACACCAUAUCUAAGGUAGAGUUUCUGAGUCUAGCUGAUUUAUUGGAGCUGCGACUGUCAGAGGUCCGUGACCGACUCACUUUCCUGGAACAGAGGAUUCCCUUUAUAUAUAACUCCAAGAUCAGCAACUUUGUCAAGAAGGUUGUCAGGCACAAAUUUUUUCGUUUCUUUUUCGACUUUUUGAUUUUUUUGAAUGCCUGGUUUAUCGGGUUUGAUGUGGACAGUGCUGAUUGGUUUUUCCUGUCCCUCUUCAUGUUGGAGAUCACCUUCAAACUCUAUGUAUUUGGGCCCCGUGAGUUCUUCACAAGAUUUUGGAACAUCUUUGAUUUCCUUGUCAUUUUUUCUGCGGCCAUAGCCUCUAUCAUAGAAGCUGCAGAAGGAGCUUCCAGUGAUGAACUGCGGACUCUGGAUCCCCUACUGGUGUUGAGGGUAGUGCGUCUCAUUAAGAUAUUUGGUAGUAUCCAGAGGUUCAAGGUUAUUUUGAUGACCAUUGUAAACAUUGGACCGUCCAUUCUAACAUAUGGAGGAGUCAUCUUUGUGUUUUACUAUAUAUUUGCUAUAAUCGGUAUGGAGGUGUUCCAUGGCCUGAUCCGUUUCUACCCGUACAACUCCGACAGACAACCUAGUGAACUGUACUGUGGUAAUGUCCUACUAAACAACACAGCCUUCUACAGGAACCACUACUGUAAUAACAACUUCAACGACAUCCUCAGGGCACUUGUUGUCCUGUUUGAGCUGACAGUUGUCAAUCAGUGGCAUGUGAUUACCUCUGGGUUUGUGAUCGUUACCAACAAGGCGGCCAGGAUUUACUUCUUCGUGUUCCACCUCUGUUGUGUUGUUAUAGUCCUCAAUAUUUUCAUAGCAUUUAUCCUUGAAGCAUUUAUACUGGAAUACUCGCUCCAGAAGGCUGGCAAGAUGGAGACUUUUGUGGAGAAAAAGAUCAAGGAACUGGGGCUGGGUGUUGGACAGGUGGUGAAGCCCCAUGAGAAGUUAAAGGGAGAUGCUAUGGAACUGGUGUCACACGAGGAGGAGCCAGACCGCGCACAUCCCCCUCCUGGCUCUGCCAACCAUGAUCAGGGCGAUGAGUCAGAUGGCUCAGAUAUUGACAGUAUUCCUGACUUGUCUGCUGAGGAGGGACUUCGCUUCCAUUUAAGGAAGAAGAGUAGGAAGAAAGUGGAAGUUCUGCUACAGCAGAUGUUUGAGGGAGAGAUCGACCCAGAGGACCUGGGAUCAGAUUUAGAAGAGGAGAGGCCAAGAACCUUGACAUUGGACGCAGUCACAUGAUCUGUACUGGACCUCAUGUUUACUAGAUCACAUGACUCAGUCACAUGAUCUGUACUGGACCUCAUGUUUACUAGAUCACAUGACCUUAGUUUUCUGUCUAUUAUGUGUGAAUGGAACAAAAAGCCAGUGAAAGUGUUACCACUGGCGUGUGAUAGCUGUUUACUUGUUUAUUUGAAACUUGAAUUAUUCUUGUCCACCAUAGACUAUGACAGUCUGCAAAUUAUUUAUAAAAUUUGUAUUUUCCUAAGAAAUUAUAGCAGGCUAUUUUAGGGAAGUGCAAAAAUUUGAUGAUUAAGCAACUAGGUUUGAAGUGUUAAAAUAAGAAGAAUUGCCGACCAUAAAUAUCUCUGAAAAUAAAGUUGCUAACCUUUUGCCCCUAUACAUAGAAUGCUCCGACCUGAAACAUCCCAAAUCAAUGUGCCCAUGUUUAAAUAUACACAACAGGCUGUGCAAAUUUGAUAUCAGAACACAAGAGGUACAUCUACUAAAAUAAUGCAUCUUGAAACUGAUUUGCUACAAUAAGAAAAUCUGCAGUAAAGAACCACUGACAUAAGAAUCCUGUUUGACAAUUCCUUAAUUCCUUAAUUCAAAAGAAUAAAAAUAAACCCAUGCCUUUUUACCUUAAAAGCCUAAAUGUUAUGCUUGCUAAAAUAAUUUGCUAAAUGUUACUUUGAAUGCACAAUGUUACAUAAAUUUAAUUCAUGUCGAACUUGACAUAUUAAUAUAUGCAUUACAGUGUAAAAAAACUAGUCAGUGAUUUUAAAUCUUUGAUUUCAUUUUUAAUAAGUACAUGUAUAUUUCUUUGUUAUUUGUAUGUAGUUGUUGAUUUGUCUCAUUUUACAGGAAUAUUAAGUAAAUGUUAUUGUGGAUAUGUUUCUGUCUGAAGGAAUAGUUUGGCAUUUGCUUAAGUUACUUUUGUGUCUUCAUCAAAUUAUCUACAUCUAAGUGUGUCUUUGUAGCUUGUGUCUUAGUCUCUGUUUUAAGAAAGCUUGAGGAUGCACGGGCGAAGGUAAAACAGUUUCCAAUGUUGUUACUUUCCUUAUAAAAAGGAUAUUUAUUAAUCUAUUUGACUCAAAGCAGACAUUACAAUUUUCUGAGCAUAAAGCAUAAGUUUAUUUCCAUUUCAGAGAAAUAUUACCCAGAUACAGUUGUCUCCCUUACGUUACUGUUGUAGUCAAUUACGUUUUUUGUAAUGUACAGAACUUGAAGCUGAUAGCAAUAUUUUAGUAAUUUUUUUAAGAGGUCUGUAAUGUAAAGAAAAAAUAAUAAUAAUCUAAUGUUUCAGGCUUUUGCUCAGUACAUUGCAACAGAAUUGAAAAGUAAUAAAGCAGUCUUGAAAAAGUUAUAUGGGAGAAGGGCAGAUAAUCUACGUUCGUGAUGAAAACUUACAAGAUAAAACUUUUUUUUGAGUCUUUUUUUUAUAUCAAAUAAUGGAGAUGGAAACUUGUGUUUUUAUUUUGUUCUGAUAAUUUUUGUGGAAGCAAUUUCCUACCCACGUCGUCAUGGCUACUUUUGUUUAAUAAAUAUUUCCUACUUUCUCUUUAUGCAGGGUAUUCAUUUCUAUUUUUGCAACAUUAUCAAGUAUCAUUUCAACAUUAUCAAGUAUCAUUUCGUUUUGGAAUGGUGUGUAAGUUGCACAUGAACAAAUUAGCAAUUUAUAAUUUUAGCUGUAAAUUUUGAUUUUGAAUUGGGAAUUUCCCCGAUGACUAAUACCUUUCAGAACAUUUUUUUUGUACUGUUGUACACUAGGUCUAGUGUAUAAAAGUGGUCACUCAAUGUGGGAUUUAUAUCUCCAUACAUUGGUAACAUCAGGAUGCACAGGCUGUUUGAUUGUGUUUAGAACAAGGAGAUUUUGUCAGCAUUGUAUCCGUAUGUCAUUUCAACAACAUCAAGUUUAGAUUUCAUAUAUUCUGGCAAAAUAACUAAAUCAAUUGUCUGAAAUUAAUUUUUAUAAAUGUCUACAUCUUAUAAUUACCUACUGAUCAAUUAGAAAGCUGACUUGCCUCUAAAGAGUUCAGCCUGUCUUUUUACAGAAAACGUUCUGCUAUUUUCAUAGCAAGCCAUGAUUUAUUAAAGCUCGGAACUGGACUAUAGAUAAAUAUACUGUAGAUGAGUAAGCAUUUGGUCAAGUAAUGUGUCAGGUCCAAGGUUUAUGUGUUGGUAUUCUUCGAAACUGCUUCAUUUUCUAGGCUAAACGUUUAACAUUGUGUGUUUGUCUCACAUUAGCAUGUUCGUGGUUUCAGUCGAAAGUGAGUUUUUGAAGGGUGCUGUGUAAAAGUGCCAGCUACUAAUUCAGACUUAUAUAAUAAUUUGUGCAAUAAUUGAUGCAAAACGUGCUAUACAAUGAGAUGUGUAGAUAUUGGCUGUUUAACAAUAAAAUGACUGAGCUUGUCUGACUCAUCCUCU